AUGCAUCUCAUGUACCUCGACGGGCCAGACGGCAAGCGCAUCUACACGCUGAAAAAAGCGGUCGACGGCCGCAUCGCCAAGUCCGCGCACCCGGCGCGCUUCUCGCCCGACGACAAGUACUCGCGCCAGCGCGUGACGUAUAAGAAGCGCUAUGGCGUGCUGCCGAUGCAGUUGGAGCAGAAGGAUAAGGUUGCUUUGAAGCAGUAGGUGGGCGGACGGGGAGGAGAGGGG